UAUGUUUUAUAACUCACCAGGAAUGCAGCUUUUGGUCCGGUGCGAAAAGCGCGACGGAAAAUUGCCCGAAAUCGCGUUGAUUGAACUGCAAGGUGACAUCGCCACGGCAGAUAAUGCAGCCCUGGAUUCACGAUUGUUGGGCCAACUGUAUUACACUCACGAUGGCACACCGAUGAUGACGAUUGGACAUCACAUUAUACACGGAAAAGUGCAGGAUUUGGGGAAGCCAUUUGUACUGAUGCGGCCCGUGAAAGAAAAUGAAAAGACUGCUUCAUUUGUGAUAGAUGCCGUUGUCAGGAAGAAGCUCAUCUUCAAGAGUAGACCGAAACCGAUUGUUCCAUCGAACUCCGAACUCGUGGGGAAAAAUAAGUGAUGAAUUCUUUUUGCGUGAAAUAAGUCAUUUUUGUACUUUUUCCAUCGAAAAACUCAUUGAAUAAAUUCGUUCCUAGCCUCCUGUGAAUUUUCGCUAUCAUUUGGUAACUUUUUCAACUGAUCGUUGGUGGAAUUCUGCGCAGGAUUCUGGUAGGACAAAAAAAAAACAGAGAAUGUUUUACAGAGGUUCUGUGAUCCUUCGUGCCGUUUUGCCGAAGCCUUGUUCUUUGGUUGGCAAGGAAAAGAGGAAUUAUGCGACCGAGGCCACUUUCGAUAUUGCGAGGCCCUUCAAGUUCCACCACUUUCCAGAAGGAGAAAAGCCCACCCAGGCGUCAGUGGGCAGAGACGAGGCAUUGGCCAUGUACAGACAAAUGCAAAUGAUUCGUCGCCUGGAAACAGCUGCGGGCAAUUUGUACAAAGAAAAGGUCAUUCGUGGGUUUUGCCAUUUGUAUUCGGGUCAAGAAGCUGUUGCAGUCGGGAUGCGGUCUGUGAUGCAGCCACAAGACAGUAUUGUGACUGCGUACAGAGACCAUGGGUGGGCCUUGGUCAUGGGUGUGGAUGCUGUGGGUGUCCUUGCUGAGUUGACUGGCAGAGCCACUGGGUGUUCCAGGGGCAAAGGUGGCUCCAUGCACAUGUAUGCUCCCAAUUUCUAUGGGGGAAAUGGGAUUGUUGGAGCUCAGUGUCCUGUUGGAGCUGGGAUCGCUUUUGGCCACAAAUACCUGGGUGACAAAGGAGUCUGUUUGACCCUGUAUGGAGACGGUGCAGCUAAUCAAGGUCAACUAUUUGAAGCCUUCAACAUGGCAAAGCUCUGGAAUCUCCCCUGCAUUUUCAUCUGCGAAAACAAUGGCUAUGGAAUGGGCACCAGUGCAGACCGAGCUGCAGCCAGUACCAACUAUUACACCAGAGGACAAUUUGUCCCUGGAAUUUGGAUUGAUGGAAUGGACGUGUUGGCUGUGAGAGAAGGCACGAAGCUGGCCAUGGACCUGUGCCGGGAAGGCAAGGGCCCAGUUGUCCUAGAGGCAGCCACUUAUCGAUACUCUGGCCACUCGAUGUCUGAUCCGGGAACCAGUUACCGAACUAGAGAAGAAGUGCAAGAAGUCAGGGCCACCAGAGACCCGAUCACGUCUUUCAGGGAGAAGAUGCUCACCACGGACCUCGCUUCUCAUGACGAGUUGAAGAAAAUUGAUCAAGAAGUGAGGAAAGCGAUUGAUGAAGCUGUUGCUAGAGCCAGAGCUGAUCCGGAAACCACGGAUCUUUACGGGGAUGUCUACAGCAACUGUUUGGAAGAGGAAAUUAGGGGCACUGUUCCCUUUGAGAAACACCCUCACCAAGUCAUUGGCAAGCCUCUGAAUCUGUGAACAACAACAAAUCGGUGACCCCCCAUUUUAACAUGAAUCCCCCCCACUGACACUCACUUGGUGCAUGGUGAGUGCAAUCCAUCUCUUUUUUGUUUCGUUUCGAAGAGCCAUGUACCUGUUGAGAUGUUUUGUUGCUUUUUCGUGGGAGAUUUUUAGUGGAUUUAAUUUUUGCUUACCUGUGGGAAUCGAAAAAAAGAGUGGUUUCCAGGAAGAGAGAGAAUGCCAUCGAAUUAGGAAACUACUAGUCAGUGAUUUUCUGUUGCUUUUUUUUGGAUGAUGUGAAAAUCUCGUGGCGCGGGGAAUGAGAAAUGAAGACCCUGGUGCAUUUAA